AUGGGAAGCACAAACGGUCCGAACAUCUCAGAGCUUUCCGGCUCCUCCCUGCGACCUGCCGAAAGGCUGCCGCUGGAUGACAAGUGCCGGCAUUACGAAGGCAAGCAGCAAGUUCCGUGGGACAUUCAAAAAUACUUUGCCCAGAGGUACUCCAUCUUCUCGUGGUACGACGAGGGUGUGCACUUGACCGACGAUGCCUGGUUUGGAGUCACUCCGGAGCCAGUUGCGAAUGCCAUUGCUUCCAGCUUUGGUGGAGUAGCACCAGAGAAGACUGUCCUCAUAGACGCCUUUGCCGGUGCCGGAGGAAACACCAUCGCUUUCGCCCUGAGCGAACGUUGGGAGCACAUCAUCGCCGUCGAGCGCGAUACCUCGACGCUCGCCUGCGCACAGCACAACGCAGAGGUGUACGGCGUCGACCCUUCCCUCAUCACCUGGGUCAACGGAGACAGUUUCGAGUACAUGGACGCCUUGGUGAAGCACCCUCACCAUCUUCAUCCCGACUUGCAAGUCGACAUGGCCACGACAGUCUUGUUUGCCAGCCCUCCCUGGGGUGGCCCUGGAUAUCGCUCCGACGAAAUCUUUGAUCUGCACACGAUGCAGCCGUACAACCUAGACCAACUCCACGCCGCCUACGAGCCCAUGGAUCACGUACUUUUUCUGCCGAGGACCAGCGACAUUCGGCAGAUUGCAAAGCUUGCGCCCGACAAUCGAAAGAUUGACGUCAUUCAGUACUGCAUGUACGGCGCCAGCAAGGCCAUGAGUGCCUAUAUACCGGCCAGCGUGAAACCCAUCCGGAAUGAGAAUGGAUGCACGGCCUCCGACACGAGUUCCACGGACGAUUCUUCAUCCGAUUCAUCCGACAGCGACGAUAGCGACUCCCCCCCCUCUGUUCAGUGUUCGAAGGGGCCCCUUCAAGAAGAAUAG